AUGAAGUUCUCCGCCGUUUUCACCACCAUCAUCGCCGUUGCCUCGGCCGCACCCUUCCAGGACAUCUCGUCCGGCAGCAAGCUCCAGAAGCGCGCCGCUGUCUUCGCGACGGCCAAGACCUAUGACGAGCUUUCCAUCAGCGGCAAGAACGCCGGCACCGCAAAGGAGGACGCCCUUCAGAAACUCUCUGGUCUGCCGACGGACCUGUCCCAGGUCGACAAGGCGGAUCUCACCUUCCUCGGCAACGUCAACAAGAUUGCGAACGACGCCGAGCGUGGCGCCUACAAUGCAAAGAUUGCUGAGACGGCACCCGGCGAGGAUGCCCUGGCUCUUCAGCGCGCAAAGAUCCAAAACAAGGUUCUCAAGCUCACAGCCAGCGUCUUGAGCCUGCAGGCCAAGCAGGCGCAGGGCAAGAACGUGACGGCCAAGCUGGACACGGAGACCAAGAAGCUCAACAAGAACAUUGCCACCGACGUCGCCAACGCUGGGAAGCCCGCGACCGCCCUCAAGUUCAACGCCUCCACCGAUAACCCAGCCGCCGCCAACGUGCCCAAGGACAAGACCCUCGCCGCCAAGGCCGCCGAUGUCAUCUCCCAAUCCAAUAAGGCUGCGGGAGGAAAAAAUGGCACCGCGACCCAGGGUGCGGAUACGAAGGGCACGGGUAAGAAGGAUAAGAAGACGGCGCGCAGCGAUAUCGAGGCUGUUGAGGUAGUCGAGGUUGCUGACAAGGUUGCCGGUGGUGUGGAGGAAGAGGAGUAA